CUGAUGGAGGCUUCCUGAUAACCGGAAGCUGACUGACCAAGUGUAAUUUGGUGGCAAAAUUGAUAUAAUCAAUGUAUCCAUAAAUAGAUAUAAUUAGAUAAACGCCAAAGUAGAUUGUCAGAAUGACUGAAGAAAAUGAGAAUGUGAACUAUAGCGACAACUUUGAUACACCAGAAGAAAUAAUUGAUUUCUUCUCAAUAGAUCCGAUUACUUUACCUAUAGAUAAAGAAUUUCAUAUUUUUAUAUCGUACAAGACUGUUGAACCUGAUCGUUCAAUUGCACUGAAGAUAGACAGAAUGCUACGAAAACAAGGUUUCAAAUGCUGCCUCCAUGAGAGGGACUUCCUUCCUGGAGAUUUGAUUGUAAAUAAUAUUGUCCAAAAUAUUGAACGAUCGGUUAAAGUUGUGUUUCUGCUAUCAGAAGAGUCCAGAGCUAGUGAAUGGUGCCAGUUUGAGUUAAAUGUCACAGAGACUAUACACAUCCAAGAAAGGGGAUACAAACCAAUCAUUGUAAAGCUCGAUGAGUGUGACCUUCCCGAUACAAUGAAAAGAUAUACGUACCUGCCGGCAGCUAGUCCUCCGGAAAAAUGGAUUGGUCGAUUGUCAAAAGCAAUUAAUGAUCAAACAGACCAUCUAAUUACAAAUAGAAGGAGCAUAAAGUUUGUUGCAGUACCAUGCAUUGAUUAUAAUCGCAACAAGGAACACUCGAUAGAAAAGUGUAGAUAUCCACAUGUCUGCGUAAAAUAUAUUGUAAGUGAUGAGCCAUGCGACGGAAGUUGCGGUAAGAACCACAAUUUAGUUACAGAUCAGUCACGUGAGAUACUUGUUGAUCUUGGGUUCGAAACUGAUGGAAAUCUUGAUGCCCUUCUUAAGAUGUAUAGACAGAAGUGUAAAGAGAAACUUGCUGCGAUGCCAAACAACACAGUUACUGGUCCGUGUUGUUACUAUAAUAAAAAAGGAUGCUUGUUGGGUGACUUCCAUUGCCCGUUUACACACAUAUGUAAGGAUUGGUUCGUUGGCAAAUGCGGAAAUAAACAAUGCAGAUUUUCGCAUGAUAUAUUAAACGACCACACAAAAAGGUUGCUAGAAAUAUUUGAAAUCGAUACAGAUCAAGAAGAAGACAUUAUUCUUGACUCAUACCGUGCAAAGUAUCCACAUAAAAAGUUCAUACAAUUACCAACCCAAAUAUCAAAAACAACUUUCCUAAAAGACAACUGGUUACCACUUUUUGGAGGAGUUUUAACUGUUGUAGGAGUUACUGCAUUUGUUGUUAAAAAGAUAUAAUUGUAAAUAGGUACUCUUCGAAAAAUUAUUCUUUUUA